UCUCUAAGUGUUGUAAUCUCUAUUUAAUAUAAUGAAAUUAUUUGAAGUUUGUCCUAUAGUUUUUCUCAUCAAAGAGAAAGGGUUUUCUAUGUAAAUAUUUGCGUUCUUGUGUGGCUGUACUUUCACUGUACUUGCUGAAAUUUAUUCCCACUGCUGAAAUUUAUUCCCACUUAUAUAGAAUUUUUACCAACAUCUCUCUCUCUCUCUCUCAAAAAGAGUGUUUAGACACAUAAACAUAAGCAUGAAUGCAAAAGAGAUGGAGGUGACUCUGAUCAAGAAAGAGGUGGUGACAGUGCUGUUGCCAAAGAAUGAGGACCAUUGGUUACCACUCUCUAACCUAGACUUUUGCAUUUUACAUCCAUUAGAUUUCAGUAUCUUCUUUUGUUAUAAGAAGCCCACUUGUAAAGACAAUUGGACCUUUGUGGCCAUGAUUGAGGUUCUCAAAAAGGCCUUGAAAGAAGCUUUAGUGCCCUUCUAUGCCCUUGCUAGUGAGAAAGUGCCAAACUCCAUGGGUGAGCAUAAGUUUCACUGCAACAAUCGUGGAGUUGACUUCACUGACGCUUUUGCAAAUAUAGAGCUUCAAAAACUCAAUUUGUAUGAACCUGAUGAGACCAUUGGCUGCAAACUUGUACCCAAGAAGAAGAAUGGCAUGCUGGCUGUCCAGGUUUGCCAAAAGUUUAGAAAAUUAACGUGUUAUUGUUUUCAAAAAUGCAUAGCUGAACUAAUAUGAAAAUAAAAAUGCUAAAGCUUUCACCUAUUUUAAUUCAAAAGCUUAAAGCAUUCUUAUCGGCCAUAUCAAAAUUCAUAUGUAUUUUUGCAGAAAAUGCUACUUUUUCUAUUCUACAUAACUAUUUAAAAAAAAUACUCAUAUCAAAUUAUCUAUUUUAUUGU